AUAUGGGGUCAGAAGCUCCAAGCUCCCAGAACCCCAGCUGUAAGAUCAUGACCUUCCGUCCCACCCUCGAGGAGUUUCGCGACUUUGGGAAGUACAUCGCCUACAUGGAGUCGCAGGGAGCUCACCGCGCGGGGCUCGCCAAGGUGAUUCCUCCCAAAGAAUGGAAACCCCGCAAAACAUAUGACGACAUCGAUGACAUGGUUAUCCCAGCCCCUAUUCAACAGGUGGUUACUGGGCAGUCGGGGUUAUUCACCCAAUAUAACAUCCAGAAGAAACCAAUGACUGUGGGAGAGUACCGGCGUCUGGCCAACAGCGAGAAAUACUGUACUCCCCGCCAUCAAGAUUUUGAAGACUUAGAGCGUAAAUACUGGAAGAACCUGACAUUUGUCUCCCCGAUUUAUGGGGCUGAUAUCAGCGGCUCGCUAUACGACGCCGACGUGGACGAAUGGAAUAUCGGCAACCUGAACACGCUGUUGGACAUGGUGCAACACGAGUGUGGCAUUAUUAUAGAAGGGGUAAACACUCCCUACCUCUACUUUGGCAUGUGGAAAACGACAUUUGCUUGGCAUACAGAGGACAUGGAUCUGUACAGCAUCAACUACUUGCAUUUUGGGGAACCAAAAUCCUGGUAUGCCAUACCCCCGGAACACGGCAAGAGGUUGGAACGCCUGGCGAAAGGAUUUUUCCCAGGAAGCUCUCAGGGAUGCGACGCUUUUCUCCGCCAUAAGAUGACCCUCAUUUCACCCUCGAUCUUGAAGAAUAUUCCUUUUGACCGGAUCACGCAGGAAGCCGGAGAGUUCAUGAUCACGUUUCCUUACGGUUACCACGCUGGCUUCAAUCACGGCUUCAACUGCGCCGAGUCCACCAACUUUGCCACUUUGCGAUGGAUCGACUACGGAAAAAUGGCAACCCAGUGUACUUGCCGCAAAGACAUGGUGAAGAUCUCCAUGGACGUCUUUGUGAGGAUUCUGCAACCAGAACGUUACGAUUUGUGGAAACAAGGAAAAGACAUUUGUGUCCUGGACCACAUGAAACCCACGGCUCUGACUAGCCCAGAGCUGGAUGCCUGGAAUGAGACAAAACUGGAGUUGAAGGCUAGAGUGCUUCGCAGGAUAGGAGAUGAGGAAGAGGACAACAAACACCGGUCUCAAAGAAAAAGAAGUCAACCCAGAAGACAUAAAACGGAGGAUCAGAAGUCUCUCGGGGACGUCAUGGCUGUCGAAACUGCCUUGGAAGAUGUGAAAGUAAAAGAAGAGCUGAAAAGGGGGCCGGAUCUAGAGGAAGAGGAGAGGAGCAAAGUGCUUGAGGGAGAAGGUGAGGGUGACUGCAAAGGGAAAGCUCGACCUCCGAAAGCAAAAGGCGAGAGGAAAAAGAAGCACCUUUUCCACCAGCACCACCUGCCA